CUGUCGGGGCCUUUUUGGGCUCCUUGACCUGCCAGAGGAGAAACCUGAGCCGGCGGCAGCGGCGCCUGGGACGGGCACCCGGUGCCGCCGGCAUCGCCCGCUCACCCGGCACCGCCUCCCUGGCAGAUAAACUCUUCGGGAAGCGGCUGCUGCAGGCCGGGCGCUACAUCAUGUCCCACAAAGCCUGGAUGAAGACGGUGCCCACGGAGAACUGCGACGUGCUCAUGACCUUCCCGGACUCCACCGACGCCCCCACGCUGCUCUCGGCUGGGGAGGAGCAGCGUGGUGGCCUGGGCAGCACUGCGCUCUCUCUGUGUUCUCUCCACGCUCUCAUCGCGCUCUCUCCAUGUUCUCUCCGUGUUCUCUCCAUGUUCUCCCCAUGUCCUCCCCGCGCUCUCUCCAUGUUCUCUCCGUGUCCUCCCCGCGCUCUCCCCGCGCUCUCGCGGCGCUCGCCCUGCGCAGUCCCGGAGCUGGCAGCCCGCGGCGUCAUCCAGCAGGUCUUCCCGCUGCACGAGCAGAGGAUCCUCAAGCGGCUCAUGAAGUCCUGGGUGCAGGCGGUGUGCGAGGCCCAGCCGCUCGACGAGAUCUGUGACUACUUCGGCGUGAAGAUCGCCAUGUACUUUGCCUGGCUGGGCUUCUACACCUCGGCCAUGGUGUAUCCCGCUGUCUUCGGCUCCAUCCUCUACACCUUCACCGAGAGCGACCAGACCAGCCAGGACGUGUGCUGCGUGGUCUUCGCCAUCUUCAACGUCAUCUGGGCCACGCUGUUCCUGGAGGAGUGGAAGCGCCGGGGCGCCGAGUUCGCCUACAAGUGGGGCACGCUGGACACGCCGGCCGAGUCCAUCGAGGAGCCGCGGCCCCAGUUCAGGGGCAUCAAGAGGAUCAGCCCCGUGACGAGCGCCGAGGAGUUUUACUACCCACCCUGGAAGCGGCUGCUCUGCCAGUGCCUGGUGAGCCUCCCUGUCUGACUCUCCUGCCUCUCCUUCGGCUUCCCCAUGCUGGGCUGCUUCCAGCUCCAGGAGUUCAUUCUGAGCAUCCAGGAGCUGCCGCGCGUCCUGCGCUUCCUGCCCAAGAUUGUGCUGGCCCUCGUGGUGGCCGCGUGUGACGAGGUCUACAAGAAGAUCGCCUGCUGGCUCAAUGACAUGGAAAACUACCGGCUGCAGAGUGCCUACGAGAAACACCUCAUCAUCAAAAUGGUCCUGUUCCAGUUUGUAAAUUCCUACCUGAGUCUUUUCUACAUCGGUUUCUACCUCAAGGACAUGGAGCGGCUGAAGGAGCUCCUGCUCAUCUUCUCUCUCUCCCAAAGCCUCGUGCGUCAGCUCAAAGAGGCCCUUCUCCCCUUCAUCCUCCUCCACCUCCACCUCUCCCUCAUCUUCCUUAAGGGCCUCCUGGGCUUUUGCUGGAGACUGGGAGUAUCCAAAGACACCUUCCAGGACUACCAGGAGAUGUUCAUCCAGUUCGGCUACGUGGUGCUCUUCUCGUCCGCCUUCCCGCUGGCCGCCAUGUGCGCCCUGGUGAACAACAUCAUCGAGAUCCGCAGCGACGCCUUCAAGCUGUGCACGGGGCUGCAGCGCCCGUGCGAUGACCUGCGGGUCUCUAUUUCGGCUCCUACAGAAGAAUCACUGAAGGGUUACAGGUAA